AUGUUACACUACACAAACACCCCCAUAUCAGACACCCCUUGCUGCACCCUAGGUUCACUCACACCCCACCCCCUAGCACCACUCCGUCGACUCCCACACACCCACCCCCUUGAGCGGCAGCUGCAGCAGGAGACAGAGGAGGAGGAGGAGGAGGAGGAGGAGGAGGAGGAGGAGGAGGAGGAGGAGGAGGAGGAGGAGGAGGAGGGGAGACCACUUACCCGCCCCCCCUACUCGCCACCCCCAGACCCUAAAACAGGGUAG